CCACAGACCAGCUCCUAUCUCCUACAGCACUAAAUGACAAGUCUAUUUUGGAAAAGAAGGCUGCACCAAAAUAGGCACGUCAGCUAUUUGGCAUCAUGAGGUACCAGAGAAGAAAGAAAAAAUAAGUCUAGUCAACCGCCCACCGCAGGAGGAGACUGGGGGGGUAUUCCACCAUACGGGAUUUACAACCAUUUCACGGAUAUCUGAGCACAAAAAGAAGACAUUUUGGUGUGUAGGCUAUCAUCCGGAAACCUUGACGGCCAGCUGACGUUUUUAGCCUCCACAUGAUCCGUUUACCUGAGUGGACUCAAGGAACAAACAAUGGAUCAAAACUUGUUCGGAGGAGUCCCGAGGUUUCUCACCCGCCCGAAAGCGUUCUCAGUGUGUGCGGGCAAGGAUGCCACACUGAGCUGCACUAUUGUGGGCUGCCCGACCCCACUGAUCACCUGGGAAAAGGAGAAGCUGAAGCUGACAUCCGGGGGACGCUUCAAGACCGUGGAGGAUGGAGAUGUGUACCGCCUGACCAUCUAUGACUUAACACUGGAGGACAGUGGCCAGUUCAUGUGCCGAGCCAAAAACAGCGUUGGGGAAGCGUAUGCUGCUGUGGGCCUCAAAGUGGCCCUGCCAGCAGAGAUGGUUCAGAGGGCCCCUGUUUUCAUGGAUAAGCCUACCUCUGCGCGUGUAGGUUUGGGAGGCGAUGUUGCUUUCCACUGCCGGGUUGCAGCUUAUCCUGACGCCAACUUUGAUUGGGAGAAAGAUGGGCGCUACUUGGGGGAGACUAACCGUAUCAAGAUUGUUUCCGACAGUGACAGCAGCACCUUAAAGAUCCAAAGCGUGCGUAACCUGGAUAGUGGCACCUACACCUGCAGGGCCCAGAACACCGUUGGCCGUGCACAGGCUGUAGCAGCUCUUGUCGUAGACGCCCAGGAUUCCCGCCACCUGGCUGCAGACAAGAACACCUCCCUCCUUUCUCACCUCCAAAAGCGCAAGGAGGAAAUGAACCAGGACAUCUCCAUCUAUCGCACCGAAGAAAGCAGAUCCUCCGUUUCGUCCUCCUCCAAGGCCAACAUCACAGAUAGUUUUAGCUCUCUGAGUCUGGAGCAUGAGCUGAGGGCGUCUGCGCUGGCAAGGCUGCCCAAAGGUGUGUUCACCCGUACCUGCACGGUGACUGAAGGCAAGCAUGCCAAACUCAGCUGCUUCGUGACAGGUCACCCUAAACCCCACAUUAUCUGGAGGAAAGAUGGAACAAACAUCAGCGAGGGCCGCAGGCAAGUCAUUUAUGAGGACCAGGCUGAGAACUUCAUCCUCAAGAUCCUGUACUGCAAGCAGACUGAUAAUGGUCUCUACACCUGCAAUGCAACCAAUAUGGCUGGACAGACCUACAGUGCUGUGUUGGUAACAGUCAGAGAGCCCAAGGUGCCGUUCAGGAGGAAGCUUCAGGAUGUGGAGGUGCAAGAGAAACUGUCAGCCACUCUGAUGUGCGAGGUGCCUGUUAAUAACACCCAGGCCAACUGGUUCAUGGAGGAAACGCGGCUGGAGCAAAGCAGCAAAUAUUACAUGGAGCAGGAAGGCACCCACCGUCGUCUCAUCAUACACAAUGUCACCACCAACGAUGAUGGUGUUUAUAUCUGCGAGAUGAAAGAGGGCAGUCGCACUGUGGCUGAGCUCACUGUCCUGGGCAACAUCACUAAGAAGCUUCCCCGGAGGACAGUAGUCCCCAUCAGUGACACUGUCAUCUUCUGUGUGGAGCUGGAGCAUCCAUUCCCGGAUGCUUACUGGACCCGCAAUGGCGAGAAGCUGAAGGAAGAUUCCCGUAUUUCCAUCGCCUGCUUGCUCAGACAGUACACACUCACAAUUAGAGAUUGCCAGGCAGAUGACUCAGGAGAAGUGGCCUUCGUGGCUGGAGACUGCAAGACUUCCACUCGAUUCUCUGUCACUGCUGCAAGGAAGCAUCCUCCCGAUCCCCCAGUCGAUGCCGUGGUGCAUAACAAGACCGACUCAUCCGUCACCAUUCAGUGGUCUCCUCCUGACAGCGACCGCCCGGUGCCCAUCAAGGGCUACACUGUGGAGAGGAGGAAGAUUGGCACUCAGACGUGGCAGAGGUGCAACGCUGGAGAAACCAUUGUUUCAACAGAGAUCACUGUCUGCAGCUUCACAGAAGAAGCCACCUACCAGUUCCGUAUCUCUGCUAUGAAUGACUUUGGCCAGAGUCCCUACCUGGAGGUGCCUGGAAGCUUCUUCCUAGAACCCAGUGCUGAAAUCAGGAAAGGCCUGACGAACAGCGCUGCAUUCUCUGGUGAGGAGUUCUCUAUCUCCGUCGAGCUGUCUGCUGUUUGUUCCAGCUUCUGGUCUAUAAAUGGGCGCCUCCUGCGCAGUGGAGCCGACUACCUCAUCACCAGGUCCAAGAACACGCACACUCUGCUCAUCCGUGACGUGACAAUGGAAAUGAACGGAGCUGAGCUCAAGUUUGUGGGCGGAGGCUCGCAAAGCAGUUGCAUCCUAUCUGUGAAGGCUCCCCCUGUCAGGUUCACCAACAAGUCAAAUCAGGCGGAGGUGGUGGUCUGCAGCGCCCAAGCCACUGCUCAGCUGACUGCUGAGGUGUCGGAUUACGAUGCACAGGUGGUUUGGAUGAGGAGUGGGCGGGAGGUGAAAAUAGGGAAGAAGUAUGAAUAUAUGAUCAUUGACCGCAAGAGGAUCCUGAUGGUGCACAAUGUUACAGAGGAGGAUGUGGGCAUCUACGAGUGUGUUUUAGGUGACGACAGAAUGUCCCUGCAACUCUCUCUUAAAGAUGAACCUGCCAAGUUUCUGAACAAACCCAGAGGUACCAUGGGAAUGGCAUCGUCCCUUAAAGGAGAUCUUGAGCUGAGCUGCGAGGUUUCUCCCGCCAGUGCGGUCGUUGUGUGGAGAAAAGAUCAAGUGGAGAUUACCGAGGACCAAAGAACUACCUUCGCCUCCAAAGGGACUCAAAGGAAACUCAUCAUCAAGAAUGCCAAGAAAAGUGACGAAGGACAUUACUCCUGUGAGACCGCAACCGACAAAGUCACAUUCCAGGUCAAGAUAAAAGAAACUCAAGCCGUAGCUGUCUUCUCCAACAAGGAGUCAGUCCAGGCGGAGGUGAAAGCUACUCUCUCCCAGAAAGCCACUCUUUGUUGCAGUGUUUCGGAUAGCAAGACAGAGGUGAAGUGGUAUAAAGACGGCAAGUUGUUUAUAUCCAGUAAGAAGAUAUACACCGAAGUAAAAGGCAAUACUCGUCAACUGGUGAUUGAAAAGGUGGAGAAGAGCGAUGCUGGAGAGUAUACAUGCGAAGCCGGAGGGGAUAAGCUGGUCUUCAAGAUAUCUGUGUCAGAGGUCCAAGCAGCUUUCUUCAACAAGGAGUCAGUCCAGAAGGAGGUGAAAGCUACUCUCUCCCAGAAAGCCACUCUGAGCUGUGAGGUAGCUGAUACCAAGACAGAGGUGAAAUGGUACAAGGAUGGCAAGCUGCUGACUUCCAGCAAGACGAUCCACACUGAGUCGAAGGGCAAGAGUCGCCAGCUGGUGAUCGACAGCGUGGAGAAGAAGGAUGCUGGAGAGUACAUCUGUGAGGCUGGGACUGAGAAGCUGGUCUUCAAACUCCAGGUGACAGACACAAAGGUCCAGUCUGCAUUCUCCAACAAGGAGUCAGUCCAGAAGGAGGUGAAAGCCUCUCUCUCCCAGAAAGCCACUCUGAGCUGUGAGGUAGCUGAUACCAAGUCUGAGGUGAAAUGGUACAAGGAUGGCAAGCUGCUGACUUCCAGCAAGACAAUCCACACUGAGUCGAAGGGCAAGAGUCGCCAGCUGGUGAUCGACAGCGUGGAGAAGAAGGAUGCUGGAGAGUACAUCUGUGAGGCUGGGACUGAGAAGCUGGUUUUCAAACUCCAGGUGGCAGACACAAAGGUCCAGUCUGCAUCCUCCAACAAGGAGUCAGUCCAGAAGGAGGUGAAAGCCUCUGUCUCCCAGAAAGCCACUCUGAGCUGGGAGAUAUCUGAUACCAAGUCUGAGGUGAAAUGGUACAAGGAUGGCAAGCUGCUGGGCACCAGUAAGACAAUCCAUGCGGAGUCGAAGGGCAAGAGUCGCCAGCUGGUGAUCGACAGUGUGGAGAAGAAGGAUGCUGGGGAGUACAUGUGUGAGGCUGGGACUGAGAAGCUGGUCUUUAAAAUGCAGGUGGAAGGUACUGCUACAGAAGUCCAGGCUAAAUCCGCUUUCCUCAACAAAGAGUCUGUCCAGAGGGAAGUGAAAGCUACUCUCUCCCAGAAAGCCACUCUGAGCUGUGAGGUAGUUGAUAACAAGACAGAGGUAAAAUGGUACAAAGAUGGCAAACAGCUGAGUUCCAGCAGAGCAGUUCAAAUGGAAUCAAAGGGCAAGAUUCGUCAACUGGUGAUCGACAGCGUGGAGAAGAAAGAUGCAGGAGAAUACAUCUGUGAAGUCGGAACUGAAAAACUGGCAUAUAAAGUACAUGUGUCAGAGAUCCAACCCAAGUCAGCCUUCUUCAACAAGGAGUCAGUCCAGAAGGAGGUCAAAGCUACUCUCUCCCAGAAAGCCACUCUGAGCUGUGAGUUAGCUGAUACCAAGACAGAGGUGAAAUGGUACAAGGAUGGCAAGCUGCUGACUUCUAGCAAGACAAUCCACACUGAGUCGAAGGGCAAGAGUCGCCAGCUGGUGAUCGACAGCGUGGAGAAGAAGGAUGCUGGAGAGUACAUCUGUGAGGCUGGGACUGAGAAGCUGGCAUUUAAGAUGCAGGUGGCAGAAGCCCCAGCUGGCUUCUCUAACAAGGAGUCAGUCCAGAAGGAGGUGAAAGCUGCUCUCUCCCAGAAAGCCACUCUGAGCUGUGAGGUUUCUGAUUCCAAAACAGAAGUGAAAUGGUACAAGGACGGCAAAGUGCUGACUUCCAGCAAAGCAGUCCACAUGGAGUUAAAGGGCAAGAGUUGUGAGCUGGUGAUAGAAAAAAUGGAGAAAAAAGAUGCUGGAGAAUACACAUGUGAGGCUGGAACAGAGAAGCUGGUAUUUAAGCUGCAGACGACAGAUGCAGCUGUCAAGUUCCAGAAGAAACUUGUCAAGGAGACAUGUGUUGUUCAAGCAAGUGAAAAAGUUGUUUUGACCACCGAGCUGACAACAGAGAGUGGCAGUGUUAAGUGGUUUAGAGAUGGUGUGGAGCUCAAGGAGAGCAGCAAGUAUGAAAUUAAAAAAGAUGGCCUUUCUCGUACCCUGAUAGUAAAAUCCUCCGAAUCCAAAGACAGUGGAACAUACUUCUGUCAAACUGCUGAUGACAAGCUGGAGUUCAAAGUUCAAGUUAAAGAUUCAGCUUUGAAGUUUGUUGUUCCGUUGAAACCUGCUACAGUGGAGUUGGAAGGUGCACUUAGCCUAGUGUGUGAACUAAAUCAAGCCUCGGGGGAUGUUGUCUGGCAGCAUGAUGGUCAUGAGAUUAAGCCUGGAGGCAGACACUGUGUCAGGACAGAUGGUGCCAAGCGGGUUCUCACUGUGACUGGCAUGACUAAAGAAGAUGAAGGAGAAUACAGCUGUGAAUGUAGAAAUGACAAGACCUCUGCUAAAGUCUCCUCAAAAGCACCCAGACUGGUGAGGCUGACCACCAAACUGAACAAUGUGGCUGCAAUGGAGGGAAAAGAUGCCAUUUUCAAGUGCGCCGUCAACCCGGCGGACGCCAACGUUAAAUGGUCCCACAACAAUGUACCCGUCACAGCUGGGCCCAAGUAUAAGAUUGAGCGUGGUGGUGGCAGUCACUCACUCACUGUCGUCUCCGUCACCCAAAAAGAUGCUGGAGAGAUUAACGUUGACGCAGAAGGCAAAAGCUGCAAAGCUACCCUACAAGUGCAGCACGAGCCUGUGACAUUUAAGAAAAAGCUAGAAAACCUGACAGUGGAGGAGCAAAGUGAAGUGAAGCUGGAGGUGGAGCUCAGUAAGCCAUCAGAUGAGGUGAGGUGGAUGAAGAACAGCGUAGUGCUGCAGCCUGCAGGAAACAUGGAGAUUCAGAAACAAGGAGCGAAGCAGGCUCUGGUCUUCAAGAGUGUGACUUACGCUGACCGGGGCAUCUACUCCUGUGAAACUCUGGAUGACAAAACCCAGGCUAAGCUCAGUGUGGAGAUGAAGAAGAUCCAGGUAGUAAAGGGUCUAACAGAAACUAAGGCACAUGAGACGGAGACGGUGACUCUUGAGGUAGAACUCAGCCAGGCUGAUGUUGAAGGCUCCUGGACCAGGGAUGGGGCCAAGUUAAAGUCUGGGGCGAACUGCCGUAUCACAGCUCUGGGAAAGAAGCACGCCUUAACCUUGUCAAAUCUCAAGAGGGAGGAUGCAGGAACUAUUGCCUUCCAAGCAGAAGGAGUACAUAGUUCUGGCAAACUGAUCAUCACAGAGCCUGCUGCUACGAUCUCCAGGCCCAUUGUUGAUAUCAGUGUUCCUGAGAAGGAGAAGGCUAGUUUUGAAUGUGAAGUGUCCAGAACAAACGCAGAUGUUAAAUGGUUCAAGGAUGACGUGGAACUGAAACCAGGAAAGAACUUUGGCAUCCAUUCCUUGGGCCGAAAACGCACUUUGGUCAUCAACAGAUGCACCCGUGAAGACGCAGGCACUUACAUCUGUCGCUCUGCUGAUGAUAACACCGCCGCCAAGCUCACCGUUAAUGCCAGAGAUAUUAAGAUUGUUAAGAAGCUGGAGGAUGUGGAAGUGAUGGAGAAGGAGAGUGCCGCGUUUGUCUGUGAAAUCUCACACGAUGAAGUGGACUGCCAGUGGUACAAAGGAAGUGUCAAACUCAAAGCCGGUGACAACAUCAAAAUGAGACAAGAGGGCAGAACCUAUGUUCUGCUGUUUAAGUCUGUCACCCCAGAAGAUAUGGGUGAGUUUAAAUUCACAGCUGACAAGGCCUCUUCAACUGCAAAACUGAAAGUGAAAGAGCUGCCUGUCAAGUUUGUGAAGAAACUCAGGGAUAAGAUAGCGAUGUAUAAGCAUCGUGGUCAUCUUGAAUGCCAAGUGUCACGUGCCAGCGCAAAGGUGAAGUGGUACAAGAACAAGACAGAGAUCAAAGACGGCAAGAAGUACGAGAUCAAAAGUGAAGAUGUAUACCGAAAACUCACCAUCAACGAUGUGGACUCCGUGGACGAAGACACCUACACCUGUGACGCCACUGAUGAUAAGACAUCCUGUAAACUACUCGUGGAAGAGCAGUCCAUCAGCAUUGUGCGGGAGCUUAGUUCAGUAGAAGUGACAGAACCCUUUGCAGCUGUUUUUGAAGUUGAAAUCAGUAUGGAACUGGUGAAACCGCCUAUAUGGACUCUGAAUGGAGCAGCUGUACAGGAGAGCGCUGAUGUUGAGAUGGAGAAAGAAGGCACCAUGCACCGUCUCACUUUCAAAAAGACCAAAGCAUCGAUGACGGGGCCUGUGCAGUUUACGGCUGGGAAGAGCAAAUCUUUAGCCCAGCUCACAGUCAAAGAGCGUCCACUUGAGAUUGCAGAGCCCAUGAAAGAUGUGAAGGGGAAGGAGAAAAGCUCUGCUAUACUCAGCUGCAAAUUCUCUACCUCACCCAAAGAAGUUAAUUGGUUCAAAGGUCAGGUUCCUCUGGCAGCGUCAGACAAGUAUAACAUGAAGCAAGAUGCUACAAGGGCUCAACUUACCAUUCAAAGGUUGACUGAGGAAGACAGUGGAGAGUACUGCUGUCAGUCUGGACCUGCUGAGACCAAAGGGACACUUGCUGUUGAAGUGCGUGAAAUUAAGAUCACCAAGCACUUGGCUGACACAGAGGUUGAUGAAGACAACGAUGCAGUGUUCACAUGUGAGAUCAACUAUGCCGAUGAAGAGGCACAGUGGCUUCUGAAAGACAAGGUGCUCUUCACUAAUGAAGUCAACACCAUCACUCAUGAUGGGAAGGUUCACAAGCUCACACUGAAGAACUUGGCGCCUCAGGAUGGGGGGACUAUCACCUUUCAAGUCCGCAAAGUGAAAGAGUCUGUGACACUUACUGUGAAAGAGAAGCGUGCUGUGUUCCUCAAGUCUCUAGAUGAUGUCAUUGGAGAGGAGAAAGGCAUGAUAACUCUGGCAUGCGAGGCAUCCAAGCCCAGGGUUUCUCCCACAUGGAAAAAAGAAGGUAAAGUCUUGAAGGCUGGAUCAAAGUAUGAGAUCCUUCACACAGGCAAGUCUCUGGGACUGAUCAUCAAGGACGUCACCAAAGAAGACGCUGGAGAGUAUAGUUGUGAUCUUGGAACUGAGAUUUCUAAAGCAAAGGUCACUGUAAGAGAGAUUGGCAUUGGAAUUACCAAAUGGCUGAAGUCUGCUGAGGUGAAUGAGGGAGAGCCGUGUAGCUUUGAGUGCAUCUUAUCUCGUGAGAGCACAGAUGAGUGUUCCUGGACUCUUAAUGGCCGCACUAUCGCAAAUGGAGGCCGCUUCAAAGUCACCAGUAAAGGACGCAAGUACAUGCUGACCAUUAAUGAUGUCACUCCUGCUGAUGCUGGAGAGGUGGUCUUCAACAUUAAAGACCUGAGCUCCAAAACAACAUUAACAGUUGAAGGCAAAGCUUCCUCUGUGUCUAAAGGACUACAGAAUGUUAGUGUUGUUCAAGGGGAAGGUGCUGUAUUUACCUGUGAGGUAACAAAUGCUAGUUCCACUGUAAAGUGGGCCAAGGAAGGCAAAGCCAUCAGAAAGAGCCAGAAGUAUGACAUUAGCCAAGAGGAUAAAGUCAUGAAGCUGACCAUCCAUAAUGUCUCCGCUCAAGACUCCGGAGAGUACAGUUGUGAAGUUGUUGGAGGGGCAACCACUAAAGCCAAGCUCGAAAUCAAGGAGCCAAUCCAUAAAUUCACUAAAGCGCUUAAGGACAGCGUAGCUGAGGAGAAGAGCUCUGUGACCUUGCAAUGUGAGACUGCACAAACCCCAUCCACUGUGGUAUGGCUUAAAGGUCACACAGAGCUCAGGGCUGGAGGUCAAUAUGAGAUGUCCCAGAAGGAGGGGAUCUUAACUCUCACCAUCAAACACCUGGAGGAGAAAGACACUGAUAUCUACACUUGUGACGUGGGCACCGCCAAGAGCAUGGCAAAGGUGACAGUCAACGCCCUGCCUGCCAGUUUUAAAGAGAAGCUCAAGAACCAGGAGAAAAAGCAAGGGGAGACUGUGACACUUUGCUGCAAGUUAUCGAAACCUGCGGACGGUGUUCAGUGGAAGAAAGGCUCUGAAAUUCUCAAAGCUGGAGAGAAGUAUGGGAUGAAGAUGGAGGAGACUUCUUGUGAGCUUCAGAUCAAGAAUUUGGAGGUUGAAGACUGUGGAGAGUAUUCUUGCAUGUGCGGGGACCAGAAGACAUCUGCAACUGUAAAAGUCAUCGCAUUGCCGCCGACCUUCAAACAGAAGCUGGAGAGCCAGGAGGCUGAGGAGGGAGCAAGUGUUACUCUGCGUUGUGAGCUCUCUAAACCUGAAGUCCCAGUGGAGUGGAAGAAGGGAACACAGGUCCUGAAGUCUGGAGAAAAGUACCAUAUGAUGCAGAAGACCUCUGUGAACGAACUCCUCAUCAACAAAGUGGUGCCAGAAGACAGUGGAGACUACAGCUGUGUGUGUGGAGACCAGAAGACCACAGCCAGUGUCAACAUUAAGGCCCAACCAGUGACCUUCAAACACAAGCUGGAGAGCCAGGAGGCUGAAGAGGGAGCAAAUGUUACUCUGCGUUGUGAGCUCUCUAAACCUGGAGUCCCAAUGGAGUGGAAGAAGGGGACACAGGUCCUGAAGUCUGGAGAAAAGUACCAGGUGAUGCAGAAGGCCUCUGUGAACGAACUCCUGAUCAACAAAGUGGUGCCAGAAGACAGUGGAGACUACAGCUGUGUGUGUGGAGACCAGAAGACCACAGCCAGUGUCAACAUUAAGGCCCAACCAGUGACCUUCAAACAGAAGCUGGAGCGCCAGGAGGCUGAGGAGGAUACAAGUGUUACUCUGCGUUGUGAGCUCUCUAAACCUGGAGUCCCAGUGGAGUGGAAGAAGGGAACACAGGUCCUGAAGUCUGGAGAAAAGUACCAAAUGAAGCAGAAGACCUCUGUGAACGAACUCCUCAUCAACAAAGUGGUGCCAGAAGACAGUGGAGACUACAGCUGUGUGUGUGGAGACCAGAAGACCACAGCCAGCCUCAACAUUAAGGCCCAACCAGUGACCUUCAAACAGAAGCUGGAGAGCCAGGAGGCUGAGGAGGGAGCAAGUGUUACUCUGCGUUGUGAGCUCUCUAAACCUGGAGUCCCAGUGGAGUGGAAGAAGGGGACACAGGUCCUGAAGUCUGGAGAAAAGUACCAGGUGAUGCAGAAGACCUCUGUGAAUGAACUCCUGAUCAACAAAGUGGUGCCAGAAGACAGUGGAGACUACAGCUGUGUGUGUGGAGACCAGAAGACCACAGCCAGUGUCAACAUUAAGGCCCAACCAGUGACCUUCAAACAGAAGCUGGAGAGCCAGGAGGCCGAAGAGGGAGCAAGUGUUACUCUGCGUUGUGAGCUCUCUAAACCUGGAGUACCUGUGGAGUGGAAGAAGGGAACACAGGUCCUGAAGUCUGGAGAAAAGUACCAGAUGAAGCAGAAGACCUCUGUGAACGAACUCCUCAUCAACAAAGUGGUGCCAGAAGACAGUGGAGACUACAGCUGUGUGUGUGGAGACCAGAAGACCAUAGCCAGCAUCAAUAUUAAGGCCCAACCAGUGACCUUCAAACAGAAGCUGGAGAGCCAGGAGGCUGAAGAGGGAGUAAGUGUUACUCUGUGUUGUGAGCUCUCUAAACCUGGAGUCCCAGUGGAGUGGAAGAAGGGAACACAGGCCCUGAGGUCCGGAGACAAGUACCAGAUGAAGCAGAAGACCUCUGUGAGCGAACUCCUGAUCAACAAAGUGGUGCCAGAAGACAGUGGAGACUACAGCUGUGUGUGUGGAGACCAGAAGACCACAGCCAGUGUCAACAUCAAGGCUGUGAAGCUGUCAGCUCCUCCUUCAGCUACUAAACUGGAAUCUAAGAGGCAGGAGACCAAAGAAACAGUGGAAGACAAGACCUCUGAAGCUCCGUCCAUAGCCGCUAAAGACAAGCACAAGAGGCAAGAGAUAUACGAGACAGUAGAAGCUUCGACACUGCAAACUACUGGACAGACUCCUACACAACAGCUCCUCAAACAGGAAAUUCAGAGAGAUUUUCGAGAGGUCAAAACGGAAGGUGAAGCUGCGACACUGCCAACUACUGGACAGACUCCUACACAACAGCUUCUCAAACAGGAGAUCCAGAGUGAUUCUCCAGAGCUCAAAGUGGGAGGUGAAGCUACGACACUGCCAACUACUGGACAGACUCCUACACAACAGCUUCUCAAACAGGAGAUACAGAGUGAUUCUCCAGAGCUCAAAGUGGGAGGUGAAGUUGAAAAGACUGCUGCUGGAAUAGCUGCAAAACAAGACACACAGAGGCAGGGGACCAAAGAGCUAAUAGAAGCAGAGAGGCUGCCAGAUGCUCCAGCUGCUGUGACAUUAAACUCUAAGGAUUCCAAAAAAGUGGUGGAAGUUACAGCAGAGAAGCCAGCAGCUUCAGCAGUGACCUCCACAGUUGAACCUGAGAAGCAGGAGUCCAAAAACAGAGUUGAAGCAGCAGCACCAGUAGUAUUCCAGAAGGAGCUGGAAAGUCAAGAGGCCACAGAAGGAGACAAGGCCACUCUGGUCUGCGAGACAUCCAGCCCCGACGGCAAGGUGACCUGGCUGAAGGGCUCAACUGUGCUCAUCCAUGGGGAGAAGUACAGUGUUGAGCAGAGAACUACUACUCACAUCCUGGUCAUACACAAGCUGGAUGUGAAGGAUAGUGGAGAAUAUAUCUGUGAUACAGGGGACAAGAAAAGUACAGCAGCCCUGACUGUGAAAGAGCGUGUGCGCCUCAUCCGAGAACUCUGCGAUAUGACUGUGACCACCGGGCAGGACGCCGUCUUUGAGGUCGAGCUGUCACACUCAGGCGUGACAAACGGGGAAUGGUGGCUUGGAGACAACCUCCUCCAAAACAAUGAUCUGAAUCAAAUGAGCAGCCAGGGCAGAGUGCACCGUUUGGCGCUGAAGAUGGUGACCACAGAUGAAUCAGGGGACGUUGCCUUCGUAGUGGGAGAGGAGAAGAGCGUGGCCUGUCUUCUGGUGGAGGAGAAACCCAAAGUGCUAAUUCUAGAGAAGCCACACGACACUGUGGCAGUAGAGGGUGAAACUGUCACUCUGGCCUGCACCAUCUCUGACGCCAAGGCCACCAUCACCUGGAACAGAAACAACGUGGCCAUCCAGUCAGGUCUCAAGUACGACCUGAGGAACAACGGAGCGUUCCACCAGCUUCGUAUCCACAACCUGGUGCCUGAGGACUCAGGAACGUACACCUGUGACACUGGAGAUGCACAGUGUGACGUCACCUUGACUGUGGAAGGUACCCCGGUGGUCUUCCACAAAGAGCUCAAGAACCAGGACGCUGUAGAGGGUGAUGAUGUCACCCUGCGCUGCGAGCUCUCUAAGCCACGGGUUCGUGUUGAGUGGAGGAAAGGAGGCAUUGUCCUCCAGCCCGGUAAGAAGUGUGAGAUGAGGCAGGAAGGGUGCGUUCAAGAGCUCUGUAUACGGAACGUAGAGCCCGAGGACAGUGGCUACUACACCUGUGAUGCAGGAGACCAGCUCACCACAGCUUCUUUGGCGGUGCAAGUGAAAGAAGUCUUCAUUUUGUGUGGUCUUAAGACCACCGACGUCUUUGUUGGGGAAUGGGCAACCUUCUCCUGCCAGCUGUCUGGAAGGGCACCUGGCAAGGUGCAGUGGUGGCUGGAUGGCACCUUGCUGGAGAACAGCCCCUUUAGUGAGAUGGGGCUGAGCCAGGGCCACAUCCACACACUCACCUUAAAGAACCUGGCCACAGAUGACUCUGGCACUGUCACGUUCAAUACUGGCAGUGUAACGUCAACAGCCAAGCUCUUAGUCAAAGAUCCCACAGUUGAAGUGGUGAGCGAGAUGGAGGACCUUCGGGUGCUCGAAAACCAACCGGCUGAGUUCAUCUGCCAGUUCUCAAGGCCGGUCAAGGCUCAGUGGAAGAAAGACGGGCAGCCACUGCAGCCUGAUGGCCGAAGGGUGGUAGUGGAGCAGGACUGGAAUGUGGCUCGCUUGUACAUUAGCCGUGUGUCUGCUCAGGACAGGGGCACAUACUCCUGUGAGGCAGAGGGGACCUGCGCGGUCGCUUCGCUUUAUGUGGAAGGCAAACCCAUUGACAUUGUCCAGGGCCUGGAGAAUGUAGAAACCUUUGACGGAGGUGAAGCGCUGUUUGAGUGUGCCAUAUCUCGUCCUGAGAGCAAAGAUUUCCGCUGGCUCCUUGAUGGGAAACCAGUGAAGGAAUCCCCUAAUGCUGAGAUUGUGACAUUCGAGAGUGGUCGUCGUCAUUUGCUCCUGCUGAAAGAGUUGCGAGUGACAGACAGCUGCAUGGUGACCUUCAAAGCUGGCACAGCAUCCACAUCUGCCCAACUCAAUAUCAAACGCUGGCAGCUGGACGUUGUGAAGGGUCUGGAGGACAAGGUGGCUGCAGUGGGAGAGAAGGUUGAGUUUUGUGUUGAGCUCACCGAGCCUGUUCCAUCAGCAGAAGUAGCCUGGUAUGCUAAUGGGGUCGAGCUCAAAGCCAGUGACCUCUGGGCUACGCGGGCUGACGGCUGUUCUUAUCGCCUUGUCCUGAGACAGGCACCUCUUAUGCCACAGCAGGAAAUUACAUUUGCUGCUAGAGAUGCUCUCUCUUUGGCCAAGCUCACAAUCAUCACUGUAGCUGAUCCUCCAGAGGACCCAGAGGUCCUCAGUAAGACUGAAAGGUCUGUCAACCUCUCUUGGUUCACUCCUCUACAUGACGGAGGGAGUCCCAUUCUGGGCUACAGGGUGGAGAUGCGGCUGGUAGACAGUGCCCUCUGGCUUCCAUGUCAUUCUGAAUCGGUGUGCAACACAGAGUUUGUGGUCGAUAAUCUGAUCCCGGGGAGUGGCUACAGGUUUAGAGUGGCAGCCAUCAACAGAGCUGGGAUUGGAGAGCCUGUUGAGUUGCCUCACACUGUGCAGCUUGCAGCACCCAUGCAGCCACUAAUUUGCCCAGGUACAGAGGCAAAACAGGUAGAGACUGAGAUUAUGAAGCAACCCAGUCUGCCUCCAGAAGCUGCUGAAGAAGGUGAUCUCCACGAGCUAUGGGAGGAAUCGGCCAAGAAACGGCGCAUGAGUCGAGAGCCCACUCUGGACUCCAUCACUGAACAACCUGAGGAGGAUGGUAAAGGUGGUAAAAACAAAUCAGCACAGAAAGAGCUGAAGGCCUCAGAGAAAGUGGAAAUAAAAUCAGGAGAGAAGGAGCAGGCUAUUGUGUCUAAGAAGCAGACGGAGUCCAAAUUGUACAUCAGCUCUGAGGAUGAGUCUGCUCCAGGGGGUCCAACGCUCGUCUCCUACCUCAAGAAGAGCAGCACGUCUUCUGUCACAGCGACCAAUGACACCGAGAUGACUACUGAGAGGUUCUUUGCACAUUUCCAGAUGGCAGAGGAGAGAACAGUGACGCAGACUAAAGUGGAGACGACCACAAUUCAGCAGACGGGUGAAAAACAGGUGUCUACAGAGGAGACAUGCGUCAUGGAGAUCAGUAAAGAGGAUGAGCCUGAGCUCAGAGAUGCUGCCGUUAAGAUUCAAGCUGCGUUCAAGGGCUACAAAGCCCGCAGGGACAUGCGCCCUGUCUUUAAAGAUGCCUUCAAAGACCAGACCAAAGAACCUAAUGGCACCAUACAUCUGGAGUGUGUGGCAGAAGGUAAACCUGAUAAGGUGCGGUGGCUGAAGGAUGGAGAACCACUCACGGAUGGCAAGCACCACCAUAUUGAUAUCUACAACGAUGGUACUUGUGCACUGAUCAUCACUGCCAUCACCACAAAGGAUACUGGGGUUUACACUUGUGAGGUCACCAACAAAUUUGGAGUCACUUCUCACAGUGGUAAGGUCACCGUAGGAACGGAGAGAGAAUCAUCUGGGCGACGGCCACUGACCGUGGGCUACAGCGCAGACAGCGAGCCCGAGAGCUCCUCAGGAAGCGAGAUGGACGACUCACUGAGGCAGGCAAGCAGACGUCUCCGGCGCCUGUUGCGCACACGUCUCCCACCAGAUGUGGAGGAAGAACCAUUUCUCAGCGCAGAUGAAGGAGACCUGGGUCCUCCAGAUCCCCACUCUUACCGGGAGGACGACAGCUACAUCUACAUCCGCUUUGACACACGGACAGAGGCUGAGGUCGCCUCAAAGAGGUUCCAGGAGAUGUUUACAAUCCAUGGGGUUCCCGUGGAGACCGCCAUCCUGGAGGCAGGGCCUCUCAAAGUGGAGCUGCGAAUUAGAAAGAUGGGCUACACGCAAGACGGCACACAGACCCCUACACAAGAUAGACAGCCUUCUGCAUUUAUGACUGGUGCCCCGGCUGCCCCAGUCUUCUUGACAGAGCUACAAAGUCAGGACGUUCCAGACGGUUAUCCAGUCAGCUUCGACUGCGUUGUAAUUGGCAAGCCCCCUCCCAGUGUUCGCUGGUAUAAGGACGGCAAAUUGCUGGAGGAGAACGACCAUUACAUGAUCAAUGAAGACCAGGAGGGCUGCCACCAGCUCAUCAUUACCACCGUGCUGCCCACUGACAUGGGUGUCUAUCGUUGCACGGCUGAAAAUAGCAGCGGCAUCGCAGCUACUAAGGCUGAACUCAGGGUUGACAUGUCUUGCAGCUCAGAUUAUGACACCGCUGCUGAUGCCACUGAGACAUCUUCCUAUGUCAGUGCCAAGGGCUACAUGUCCAGGGAAACUGAGACAUUUGAGUCUGUGGCUGAAGAUGAUCAGCUGCCACAAGUUGUGGACGAGCUUCACGAUGUUCAUGUCAGUCCAGGUUCACCUAUUGCCAAGAUGCAGCUCAAAGUAAAGGGCUUCCCCAAACCCAGAGUAUACUGGUUCAAAGAUGGGCACCCCCUGCGACCUUCAGAGAGGAUUCUGUUGCAGGCAGAGAGGGAUGCUCAUGGCGUGGAGAUCCUGCAGGUGAAGAAAGAGGAUAUGGGGGAGUACUCUGCUUACAUCAGCAACGCCGCUGGUUCUGCUUACUCCUCUGCCCGCCUGAUAGUGCUGAGUCCAGGGGAGAUUAUGCCACAAGAUAAAAGAGAUCCCAAGGUGCCCCUGGUGCCACCCCGUUUCAUUGAAAGGUUCAGCAACAGGAAGGUGAAACAAGGAGCCAGCAUCACUCUGUCUGUCAAAGUAGAAGGCUCUCCCACUCCUAUGGUCUCCUGGCUAAAGGAGGAAUCAAUGGAAGAUGUCCUGUGGAUCAAGCCUGAUACCAAGGGAUACAAAAUAGCAAGCUCGGGGCGCCAGCACAGCCUCAUCUUGAUGGACGUGGGCACAGAAUACACCGGCGCCUACACCUGCAUCGCCACAAAUAGAGCAGGACAGUCCAUCUGCACUGCCCACCUCGAGGUUGAUGACACAGCACAACCAAAGAAAGAGAUCAAAGCCUCAGAGGUUCUUGGAAUUACACUUAGUCCUCCGGAAGGGGAGGCUGGCAGAGGAAAAGAGGGUAAAAUGCCCUACCUAGGUGAAGUAGGUACAGAGGAAUUCCUCAUGAAACUCACCACCCAGAUCACUGAAAUGGUAUCGGCAAAGAUGACCCAAGACAGCUUACAGAAUGAUGAAGUGCUCCAGUGGAUGAAAUCUUGGCCCAAAUCUACCACUUCAUUACGCGUACCGGGUGUUGACAGUGAUGAUGAGACCAAGACCCCUUCUCCAUCACCUCAUCACGGUCGCUCUCGUCCUCCCUCCCUCAUCGCUGACUCCUCCUCUGAGUCUGAUGAGGGGGACGCCAGAGGAGAGAUGUUUGACAUCUAUGUGGCGACGGCUGACUACAACCCCACCAUAGCAAGCAAAGAAUCCAUCUCUCUAAAGGAGGGACAAUAUGUGGAGGUUUUGGACUCAGCUCAUCCACUGAAAUGGUUGGUCCGGACCAAACCCACCAAAACUACGCCAUCCCGCCAAGGCUGGGUCUCACCUGCCUACCUGGACAAGAAACUCAAACUCUCUGCUGAUACGAGCGACCUUCCAGAGGGAAAUGUAGAGGAGGUGUCUGAGGGUGAAUACAAGAGGAAAUUAUUCCAACUGAUCCAAGACCUGAUAAAUGGUGAAUCAGAGUUCGUCAAAGAGAUCGACUUCUUUACCUCCCAUCACCUGAAGCACGCAGACAGCCCUGAUACACCGCCUGACGUCAGCAGCCAGAAGGAAGUCAUAUUCAGGAACAUUGAUGAUAUCAAGUCCUUCCAUAGCAAGGCAUUCUUCCCGAAGUUGAAUGACUGUGAAACAGAUGAUGAUAUAGCCAUGUGCUUCCUGAAGAACAAGGAGGGCUUUGAGAAGUACCUCCAGUAUCUUGUUGGUCAGGGUCAGGCUGAAUCUGCUGUCAGUGACAAGGCUGUUCAUCGCUUCUUCAAGGAGUACACAGAGAAAGUGCAAGCCAGUGCAGACCCUGCAGAUCCCCCUGUACGCAGCAUUAACGCCAGCCUCCAACAUCCACUGGAGAGGAUUCAGAAGUACAAGGCUGUCCUCAAGGAGCUCAUCCGAAACAAGGCGAAAAAUGGCCAGAACUGCUGCUUACUGGAAGAAGCUUAUGCCAUGGUGUCUGCACUCCCUCAGCGCUCUGAGAACACCCACCAUGUCUCCAUGAUCGAGAACUAUCCUGCCACACUGGACGUAUUAGGAGAGCCAAUGAGACAGGGACCCUUCCAAGUGUGGGAAGGGGCUCCAGGAGUUAGGACGUCCUCUAGAGGACACCACCGCCACGUCUUCCUGUUUAAGAACUACUGUGUAAUCUGCAAACCCAAGAGAGACAGCAACACUGAUACACAAGCAUAUACCUUUAAGAACAUGAUGAAGUUGAAUAACAUUGAUGUGAAUGAGACAGUGGAAGGUGAUGACCGUGCCUUUGAGAUCUGGCACGAACGUGAGGACUCUGUGAGGAAAUACACCUUACAGGCCCGAACUGUUACCAUCAAGAACUCAUGGCUGAGAGACUUCAGAGAACUGCAGCAGCGAUACAGCAUGCCUGCAUGGAGUCCUCCUGACUUUGAUGAAAUUCUGGCAAACUGCACAGCAGAGCUGGGACAGACUGUGAAGCUGGCCUGCAAAGCCACUGGAGUACCCAAACCUGCGAUCACUUGGUACAAAGAUGGACGCACUGUGGAGGCAGAUCCUCAUCACAUCAUCAUUGAGGACCCUGACGGUUCCUGCACACUGAUCUUGGACAACAUGACGGCAGAUGAUUCUGGCCAGUACAUGUGCUUUGCCACAAGCUCAGCCGGCAAUGCCAGCACUCUUGGCAAGAUCACAGUUCAGGUGCCGCCUCGUUUUGUGAAUAAGAUGAGGAAUGCUACAUUUGUUGCCGGUGUGGAUGCUCAGUUCACCUGCGUCAUACAGAGCGCCCCAAAUCCCAAGAUCAGGUGGUUCAAGGAAGGCAGGCUGCUGACUGACCAGGAGAAGUAUCAGACCUACAGCGAGCUGCGCAGCGGGGUUCUGGUCUUGGUAAUCAAAAACCUGACAGAGAGAGACCUGGGACACUAUGAGUGCGAGUUGUCCAACCGUCUGGGCAGUGCCAAGUGUGCUGCUGAUUUAGUUCCACCCUCUGCUGUGGCUCGCACUGGUGAGCAGGCCAUCACUAUUGAAGUGACUGAGCAGGAGACUAGAAUACCAAGGAAAACCAUCAUCAUUGAGGAGACUAUAACCACUGUGGUGAAGAACCCACGUAUGAGGAGGCACAAGUCCCCCGGCUUGACUAUAUCUGGAGCCCACCGCUCGGAGACCUCCACCCCAGAGCCCCCCACAGCCAGGCCGAGGAGGAUGCCCACUCCAAGAAAGACCACCAUCCCAACCCUCUAUGUUACUCAAGCCGAGGGUGCUGAAGCAAGAACCAUUGAGAGCAGGCCCAGGUGGAUUGAGGUAGAGGAGGUCAUCGAGUAUAAGGUCAAUAAAUCUCCCAGGCUGUCCAGGAGGAGAGGCAUCUCGCCGGCGGGGUCCGAUCGCGCAGCCACUCCCUCCAGACCCAAAAGGUCUCCGCCGCAAAACCCAAACGCUAACAAUUCCAACAACAAGCUGGUGGAGCAGGCCCAGCUGCAGGGAGACGUCAGCAGCCAGCCGCUCUCCUGGGAGGAAGAGGAGGGUAAUGUUACCACUGAUGCUGUCUCUGGAGCACCACACGAGCUCUCAUCUGUCCUCACUCCAGCUGGAGAAGACAGCGAGGACCUGGACGAUGAACAAACUAUCAUCUUUGAACCUGAUGAUGAUGAAGAUGAUGAUCAUAACUCACUUGGAAAGCAGGAGUCUGAGAUUCUGACUCAUGGAGGCCGCGUUCUGACCCUCGAAGACUUGGAGGAUUACGUCCCAGAAGAAGGAGAGACCUACGGUUCCUCCAGCAGCCACAACCCUGCUGCAGAGAAGCCCUGUGAGAUCUCUGUGCUCCAGAGGGAGAUUGGCGGGUCCACGGUGGGACAGCCGGUGCUCCUCAACGUGGGGCGGCCUGUCGUCGUCCCGAGGCAGAGGAGCGGCUUCUUCGGCCGCUUCAGGGAUCAUCUCUCCAGCAGCCUUUUCUCAUCUGCUGUCCCCCAAGCCAGCGCAGCGCAGUCCAGGACGGAAAGGCACGUCCCCAUCCAAGUGAGCCACGCAAAGCUGGAAGUGAAGCCAUCAUACUGUUCAGAGGUACAGAGAGUCGAGGGUGGGCAGCAGAGCUUUAAAACCAAAGUGUCAACUCAGACCUACGGCUACACAUCAGUGGGCAACCCAGUCACUCUUCAAAUCAGCGAUAACCUUUAUCAGAACCAGCAGUAGCAAACUCUUUUAAUUUGGUACGACAAACCCUCUUAGUCUUAAAUGGGGACAUUUCUACUUAGAUGAAUAAGACAUAUCCUAACCUGAAGUUUAUUUACUGCAUUUGACAAACCAUUCCAUUAUGAAGCUGCCCAUCAGAAAACAGGCCCAUCCCCUGAGUCUUUUUCUUGACAAAUGGUUAGAGUCAGAUGGUCUCUUUGGACUAGGCGAGUUGGAAAAUGUAGGUAUAAAUAUGUCACUGUAUGACAUAUGCAGAAUGUGUUGUACAAUAUCGAUGUGGACAGAGAAAAAAAAAAAAGGAAAUUAAGGUUUAACAUUUUACUGAUGAACUAUUUCAUCUGUUGAGUUGAAUUUUAUCAAAACAAAAUACACCAUCUUUCACUUGAACACACCUUUUAAAGAAUCGUGAACGUCGACCCACCAGUAUUACCUGAUCCAGCCAUUACCCUUAGUGAUCACUCCUGCUCUAUACA